UACGUCCUCCGUCUUCGCAUCAAGGAUCACACAAGAAGAAGCAAUGGAGAAAGGCGGCGGCGGAGGCGGCGACGACCCGGCGACGAGGGCGGCCGGUGGCAUGUGCGACCGGUUCCUGACGUUCCUGACCAGGAACUUGACGAUGAGCAGGGUGAAGAGCAUCGCCGAUGGCCCGAAGAAUGGCGCCGGCGCCGGCCAACCUGCGAUGGAGAGGGCAGAGGAGGGCGAGGAGGAAGACGAGUUCGCCAUUCCAAUCGAGAGGGCCGAGUUCGACUACGAGUUCGGCGGCGGCCAUGGCGACGGAGGGUACAGCAGCGUGGCGACCAUCCUUGAGGAGAGCGCCGCAAUGACGACGACGACGACAAGGGACGUUCCUGAGCCGAAGACGGGAGCCGCCGCUGCCGACGACGGUCCGGUGGGGCCAGCGCCGGCGGCGAUGGCGGUGGAGGAGACGAAGGUGAGGAAGUCGGUGACGAUCAAGGAAGACCGGCUGCCCGAGCAGGAGGGCGGCACCCCGGCAGCGCCGCUGGAGCGGAAGAGGUCUCUGUUCAAGAAGCGGCAGGCGUCGUCGGUCGGCGGCGGAGGAGAUGACGAGCAGCGGGUGCCGAGGCGGAGCGGGCUCCGGCCGCGGAUACCGCCCGUGCUGCGGGUGCCGUCCAACAUCAACGAGCGCUCCUCCACCUUCAUCGAGGAGCGCAAGAAGAGCUUCGUCGGCCGCGGCGGCGGCGCCAAGCCGGCGCCGGACAAGUGAAUUGAACGACCUCAUCGCCGUCGGUGCAAUGCAUAUAACGAUUUGUAUGUUCGUGUGGGUUUGGAUGAUGUACUAUGAUUGCUCACUGAUCGUGUCCAAAGUUUGGGCUCGCUCGAUCGAUCGUGAUCAACUAACUGUGAACACGUAACGACAUCUCGUCUGGUUUGGAUCGAUCACCAAAUGUUCUGCGUGUUGCGUUAGUUUUCGA